GCAACUUUCAGCAAAAGAUUCCCUUUCCCUCGCGCGUUUCAUGGCCUCCGGUAACCACCCCAGCAACAAGCUAGACACACCUCUAUCUUGUUGGCCGAUUCCAUGGCGGCGCCACCCCCACAUUGUUCCUUGCCUCCGGUAACCACCCCGCAUACCGGCCAACAUCCUGCAACCCCACCAACCUUCGUCUGGUAAAUUCCGACGAUAUUUCAGGGAGAAACCGGCAAACUUUUUUUCUUCACUUUUUUGUCUUUCUCGUCAUCUUCAACCACAGCAGCCCUCCUCCUCGUCCUAGCCGGGCAGCGCUCCUUCCUUCGUCCCCGGCCAAGACCAAAGCUGCUCCCCUCGUCCCCGGCCAAGACCAAAGCAGGCUGGCGGCGUCACGCGAAAUUUGCUACUCCCUCCAAUCCAUAUUAACUGACGCUGGUCUAGUACACUCCCUAUGAUUCAUAUUAACUGACGCUGGUCUAUUAUGAAUAUAAAAACGUUCGCAAUUGCCAUCUCUCGGGGAAAUUCGCCAGCUAAGAGGGCCCUUAGAUUUUGAGCGUUCGGUCAAAGACGCCCUUACUUUCUUCCUUGUAUGUAUAUAUGGCGCUACAGACCACCACAUCCAUUCCAAGGCGCUGAAGCAGAGCAGAGAAGCAUGGCUCCUAGUGCUGCCCUUCCAUGUGAUGAUGCCGGUCGUGAGCUCCCUCACGUUGCCAUCUUCCCGUUCAUGGCGAGAGGCCACACCAUCCCGCUCACCCACCUGGCGCACCUCCUACUACGCCGGCGCCUCGCCACCGUGACCUUCUUCACUACCCCAGGCAACGCGGCCUUCGUACGCGCGGCUCUGCCCGACGGCGUCGACGUGGUCGAGCUCCCGUUCCCGGACGGGGACGGGCACUCUUCGCAGGGUGCGGAGAACGUCGAGGGUGUUGCGUCGGCGUCGUCCUUCGCCGCCUUCACAGAGACCACGACGGCGCUGCGACCGCGCUUCGAGGAGGCGCUCGCGGCCAUGCGUCCCCCCGCCACCCUGCUCGUCGCCGACGCGUUCCUGUACUGGACCGGAGAGUCGGCCGGCGCGCUCGGCGUCCCGAGGCUGUCGUUCCUGGGAACAUCCGCGUUCGCGCACGUGAUGCGGGAGGCGUUCGUGCGCGACAAGCCAGGAUGUGGGCCUCCGCAGUGCGACGCUACGGGCGGCGCCACGGGCACCUACACGGUGCCGGAGUUCCCUCAUGUCCAGUUCCUGCUGGCCGAUAUCCCUCCGCUGCCCCUGCCGGCGAUAGUCCUCGACGCAAAGAUGGCGAUGGCUGUCGUCGGGAGCCGCGGUGUGAUCAUGAACACCUUCCACCACCUCGAGAGCAGCUACAUCGAUCACUGGGACCAGCACGUCGGGCCCAGGGCCUGGCCCAUCGGCCCGCUCUGCCUAGCCCGGCAACCUUCUUUCACCGUCGUCGACGAAGUCCAUAACGCCAAGCACUCAUGGCUGCGGUGGCUGGACGAGAAGGCAGCCGCCGGCCAGUCCGUGCUCUUCGUCGCCCUCGGGACGCUGUUGGCGGUGUCGGACGAGCAGCUCAAGGAGGUGGCGCGAGGGCUGGAAGACGCCCAGGUGAACUUCCUGUGGGCCGUGCGGUCAGACGAUAGUGCUGACCUCGGCAUAGGAUUCCACGAGCGCGUCCAAGGUAGGGGGGUGGUAACGGAAGGGUGGGUGGACCAACCGGCAAUCCUCCAGCACGACUGUGUGAAAGGAUUCCUAAGCCACUGCGGAUGGAACUCGGUGCUGGAGAGCGUGUGCGCCGGCGUGCCAUUGGCGGUGUGGCCGAUGAUGUUUGACCAACCUCUCAACGCGAAGCUCGUCGUUGAUGAACUUAAGGUCGGUGUCAGGGUCAGGUCCACCGGGGGGUUGGUCAAGGGCGAGGAGGUUUCGAGGGCGGUGAGGGAGAUAAUGUUAGGGGACACAAGGGCGUCGGCGGCGAAGAACGCGGCGGUUUUGGCGGGGCACGCACAACACGCCAUGUCCGCAGGUGGUUCGUCGUGGAAAAUGGUGGAGGAGAUGAUUAGCGAGCUGUCUGGGCAGCCGACAGACAAGGCUAGCACGGCACACGUUGGUGGCAAGUAAUAUGUUUUUUUUUUUUUUUGCGAAUGGUGGCAAGUAGUAUGUGCAAUGAAGAAAUAUGAGCAAUGUAUCAUAUCCCGAAACCUAUUGUAAAAGUAACUAGGUGUGAUGUUUGUGCGAAUAAAGAUCAAUGUCAACAUGGAA